AAUUUUGCUAAAAAGAUUCAUCUUUGUAAGAUCUGCCAAUGGCUUCUUCUUCUGCAACUUCAAGCGAUCAUAACAAGAAGUAUCAGUAUGAUGUAUUCUUAAGCUUCAGCGGUGAAGACACCCGUAGAAGCUUCGUCGAUCAUCUAAACAAUGCUCUUCAGGGGUACGGUAUUCGCACUUUCAAAGACGACGAGAGACUCCAAAAAGGUAAAGAGAUCAAAGACGCGCUCUUGAAGUCUAUUGAAGACUCCAGGUUCUGCAUUAUUGUUUUCUCUAAGAAGUACGCAUCUUCAUCUUGGUGUUUGGAUGAGCUCGUAAAGAUUAUGAAGUGCCAGAAGACAACCGAUCAAACUGCUUUCCCUGUGUUCUAUGAUGUAGAACCAACAGAAGUCCGCAAACAAAGCGGGUCGGUUGGAGAAGCAUUUGCCAAACAUACGAAUAAGGUGGUCGUCUUGACACCCCUUCUCAAGAAAGUUUUUGAACACGCACUUGCGAGACAUACCAAUGAAAAGUUGGGAAAAUGGAGAAAGGCUUUGAAAGAUGCAGCCAAUUUGUCCGGAUGGGAGUUGAAGAACACCGCUGAUGGACAUGAAGCAAAAGUAAUCAAAUUAAUUGUUGAGAGGGUUUCACUCGAGUUGCGAUCCGUUAAUAUGGGUGUUGAUGAGAACUUAGUAGGCAUGGAACAGAGGAUGAAAGCUCUCGAUCCUUAUUUAGAGAGUGGUUCGAAUGAUGUUCGUAUGGUAGGGAUCAAGGGCAUGGGAGGUGCUGGGAAGACAACUUUGGCGCGAGCUAUUUUUGAUAAAAUAUCCAUUAAUUUCGAAGCUAAAAGCUUUGUUGAGGAUGUGAGGGAACAUUCGAAAGCUCCUUUGUUGGGUUUGAAGAAGUUGCAAGAACAAGUCCUUAGAGAUGUAUUAGGGGACAAAAGCAUUACCAUUAGUAGUGUUCAUGAGGGGACAAACUUAAUGAAAACGAUGUUGUGUGGUAAGAAAGUUCUUAUUGUUCUCGAUGAUGUGGAUCACAGAGACCAACUUGAGAGAUUAGUUGGUAAUCAUAAUUGGUUCAAGUUGGGAAGUAGAAUUAUAAUUACAACUAGAGACGAGCAUGUGCUCAUAGCACAUGGAGUGAAAUACAUCCAUGAUGUCAAUCUGUUGUUGAAUGAGGAAGCAAUUCGCCUCUUCCGUAGGCAUGCUUUUCGAGAAGAUAUUCCAACUGAAGAGUACGAUAAACAAUCACUCGAAGUUAUACAUUAUGCUGCUGGCCUUCCCCUAACAAUCAAAGUUUUGGGUUCCUUUCUCUGUGGUAAAAGCAAGCCUGAGUGGAUCGAAGCACUAGCAAGACUCAAAACAAUUCCCUUACAGGAAACUCUUACAAAAUUGGAACUAAGCUAUGAAAACCUAGAGGAUGAUUACAAGAAAAUAUUCUUAGAUGUGGCAUGCUUCUAUAGACAUCUUCGAUUGAGUUGGGCGCCACUGAGGCUGCAGCAAAUGAAUCUGCUAGUGAGUAACAAGGUAAUAAGAAUGCUUGAAAGCCGUGGAUUUAAAGCUAGAAAUGGUUUAAGAGUUCUUCACCAAAAAUGUCUCAUAACAGUUGACAAGGAAUGGAACCUAAUACACAUGCAUGACCAUAUUGAAGAAAUGGGCAAGAAUAUUGUACGCCGUGAGCAUCGAAAUGAUCCCACUAAACAUAGCCGGCUAUGGGUUCAGGAGGAAAUUGAAUAUGUCUUGGCAAAUGACUUGGGUACUGAAGCAACAAGAUGUAUAAAACUUAAAAUCACUCCUGGAAUUGUUUUGGAAAGUCUUCGAAACAUGAAGAAACUUGAAUGCCUUAUUGUGCACAAGCGUAAGGUCAAUAAUAUUUCUGAUGACUGUGUGAAGAUUAAUGAAGCUCGCGGAUACUUUCCAAAUUCGUUACGAUAUCUAUAUUGGUACGGGUACCAUCAUCGGUGUUUUCCCAAAACAUUUGAAGCAAAUAAUCUUGUUGCACUUGAAAUGCCUUUCAGCAAAAUCAAACUUUGGGAAGAGGGAAAGAUUAUGAAAAGGCUCAAAUUCCUUGAUUUGAGUUAUUCAGAAGAGUUAAGGAGUCUUGACCUUGGGCUGACACCCAAUCUUGAGAGGUUAAAUCUUGAAAGGUGUAAGAAAUUGGUAGCACUUGACGUGCACGGCGGAUGUCUAAAAACCCUUGUCUAUUUAAACCUAUGUCAUUGCCAGGGGUUGAAAUCUAUAUCUUUUAUCGAGCAGUUUGAAUCUCUUGAAGUUCUUGAUCUAAGUUGGUUAGAUUUGAGGGAACUCCCUGAUUAUAUAUUCACAGGGCACUCCAGCAAUAGUUUGCUAGAGCUGAAACUUUCAUUUAAUGAAGAUAUAAAAGAAGUACCCUCAUCAAUUGGAAAUCUUCAUAAGCUUGUCUCUCUACAUAUCGUGUGGUGCAGUAAACUCAAGAGUAUUCCAGGAAGCAUUUGUAGUUUACAACAUUUGACAACUCUUAACCUUUCUUAUAGUGACAUAGAGGAAUUGCCAGAGGACCUUGGCCAACUGGAAUGUUUAGAAUACCUUAAGUGUAGUGGUACAAAAGUUAAACAUCUCCCUGGUAGCAUUUGUAUGUUGAAACAUCUCAAAACCCUAAUUUUUUACCAUUGUCAGCUUCUUAAGAAGUUACCUAAGGAUGUUGGCCAAUUAGAAUCUUUGGAGAAAUUAGACCUAGAUGGUUGCUCUAAUUUAAGAGAAAUUCCCAACAGCAUUUGUAAGUUGAAAGGUCUCAAAAAGUUGGAUCUUAGAAGUUGUUCGAGGCUUGAAAAACUGCCAGAAGAACUAGGAAAUUUAAAAUGUUUACAAUUCUUAGAUGUUAGGGAUACUGGCAUAACUCACCUUCCACAGAGCAUUUAUUCAGUGAAAGAUUUGACAAUCUACAAACCCGAAAAUUAAUGGUUGAGGUUAAAACAGCACCUGAUGAUGUUGGCCAAUUAGAAUCUUUGGAGGAAUUAAAUCUACAGUAUUGCUAUGAGUUAAGAGAAAUUCCCAACAGCAUUUAUAAGUUGAAAUGUCUCAAAGAGUUGAAGCUUGGAGGAUGUUGGGGGCUUGAAAAACUGCCAGACGAACUAGGAAACUUAAAAUGUUUACAAUUCUUAGAUGUUAAACUGGCAUAACUCACCUUUCACAGAGCAUUUAUUCAGUGAAAGGUUUGAAAAUCUACAAACGCGAUAAAUUGUUGUGAUGAGGUUUACACACAGUGAGGGAGCUUAGAAGAAAUGUAGGAGGCCCUUGGGCAAUUGAUGAGCGAAGAUUUACAUAUUGAUAAACAAAAAUGUCAGCAAUCCAAUUUUACCCACAAAACCUAAUUUCCCAUUGUUUUCGACAACAAUCCCAUCCGCUUCAUCAACUUCCUUCCCAAUUAACAGGUAUGUUUCUUCACUGAUUACACCAAUAUCUCAAUUCUUGAUUCUGAUUGUUUUUGAGAAUGUAAAUAGUGUAAUUUGAUUGUAGCUGUGUUGUUUUUGAGAUAAUUUUGCUCCAUUUGGGCGCGAUUUUCAGGGUUUCAUCUUUAUGUAUACCAAGUCAGUGGGAAAUUAUAUUAAUUAGAUGAACCAUUGGACCCCUGACUUCCUAA